ACGGAGGUACCAGCAGUGCUGGGGGUGACACAGCGUCAGAGGGAGCAGAGCCAGGAUGAAGGUGAAGAGCUCUCCGCCACCCGGAGCCGUGUACUCGUUGCUGCUGCUCGCCCACAUCACCCUUGCUGUCACGGCCAACACGACCGUCACAGCCGGAGUCAACCCGGGGACCCUGCAGGGCCCCGUCACCCAGAGCGUCCCCCAGAGCGUCACCCAGAGCGUCACCCAUACAGAAGCUCUCACACACAGACAUACGGACGCGACUUCUACGCACAUUCCAGCUAUUUCUAAAGUCCUGGGAAGUUCUGCCGUCCCUACAGAAAUGAUCACAGUCAGUCAAACUGACCACCAUACAGACAUGCAUAAGGAAGUGAGUCCUGGGCACAGAACUACAGUCCUGGAGACUUUCUUCCAUACAGUGCGCCAUUCAACGUCAGUCAAUGAGCAUCACUCCACCGGAAGUCACUCAACUGCCACCAAGAAGAAGUUCGAAUUGGUCCUUGAAAAGAUGCACAGGGUACCCAUAACCAUGGAACAUUCAACGUUAGCCACAGAGCAUCACCCCACCGGAAUACACGCAACUGUCACCACAAAGAAGGAGCACCAAUCCGUCCCUGAAAAGACGAACGCAGCACACAUAACCAAGUCUAUAUCUGUGCCAAAUGUAAGAGUAGAAAUAGGCAAUGGUUUCCAGAUCACCUGCUUCUCCGAAAGUGGACCUGAGGUCAUCAACUACGAGCUCAUCCAGGGGGACAGAAUAGUGAAAAACAUGACAGUCCACGGGAGGAAAGCCGCCACAUUCCAGUUUGACAUAACUCCGGGACCGAGCAAGAUCUACUGCAGGGCAAGAACUCUGUCCGGAGAGGAGGAGACAAGUGGACCUCUGAAAAUUGAAGGUGAUAACCCAGACAGUGAGGACAAACCUGGGGACAGAAAAAAGUCUGAUAAGGAAGAAUGGGACGCCGCACCCAAAUUCCUGAUUUCAUUCACGCAUAUCCUGACGUCUGUGUCCCAACCAGUGCAGGACCUGAAUGCCAUCAUCAUCAGCGUCUGUGGCCCCAUUUUGCUCAUUCUGCUUCUACUCGUCUUCUUAACACAUUUCUGUAACCGCCGAGGACGUAAGGCGGGAUCGACUUAUGUGUGACACUUUUAAGAAUAAAAUUACAGCCCGGGACCCCUGAAGAUAAAGAGAACUUCAUGAAAUCAGAAUUGAUGUGUGAAUUAUUCCUCGUUCUCUGAUGUACAGUAGAUGUCUUCCCCGCGGGGUGACAUAUAAUACGCAGUGUAUAAAUAAUGAUCUUUUUUUUCCCCAUAAAACACAAUGUUCAUCCUUUUUUCAUCAUUCAGCCAUUUCCUGUACACACGCCCCCUAGUGGCACAGUGUGUGAAGGCACAGGCACUUGCAGUCUCCACAAGGUGGCAGGUGAACAGGGUGACAACGCAGGGGCAUAACUGGGAGACAGGGAGUUUAGAAAUUCCUGUUGGGUUGGCACCUCAGAGUUUUAUCUUUUUAGGCCAAUCUCAAAGAGCAUAGUGACCCGACACCACCACAUGGUCUACCACAUGAUGGGGUCAGGUCUUCCAUUGUCUACCCUGUGGUGGGGUCGGGUCUACCAUGUGGUGGGGACAGGUCUACAAUAGUCUACCAUGUGGUGGGGUUACCGCGGUCUACCAUGUGGUGGGGUCAGGUCUAACAAGUGGCAUGGGGUUCGGUCUGCCAUGGUCUACCAUGUGGUGUGUUUGGGUCUGCCACGGUCUAACAUGCGGUGGGGUCAGGUCCACCAUUGUCUACCCUGUGGUGGGGUCGGGUCUACCAUGUGGUGGGGACAGGUCUACAAUAGUCUACCAUGUGGUGGGGUUGGGUUUACCGCGGUCUACCAUGUGGUGGGGUCAGGUCUAACAAGUGGCAUGGGGUUCGGUCUGCCAUGGUCUACCAUGUGGUGUGUUCGGGUCUAACAUGCGGUGGGGUCAGGUCUACAAUUGUCUACCCUGUGGUGGGGUCAGGUUAACUAUGUGGUGGGGUCGGGUCUACCAUAGGCUAUCAUGUGAUGGGGUCGGGUCUGCCAUGGUCUACCAUGUGGUGGGGUCAGGUCUACCAUUGUCUACCCUGUGGUGGGGUCAGGUCUACCAUGUGGUGGGGUCGGGUAUACCAUGUGGUGGGUUUGGGUCUACCAUGUGGUGGGGUUGGAUUUACCAAGCUGGAUAGGGUCGGAUCUGCCAUGGUCUACCAUGUGGUGGGGUCGGGUCUACCAUGGUCUAACAUGUGGUGGGAUCCGACCUACCAUGGUGGUGUGGUGGAGCAGGUUGGGUCUACCAUGUGAUGGGGUCGGGUCUACCAUGGUCUACCACAUGGUGGGUUUGGGUCUACCAUGAGAUACCACGUGGUGGGGUCGGGUCUACCACGUGGUAAGGUUAGGUCUACCAUAAUCUAUUGUGUGGUGGAAUCAGGUUGGGUCUACCAUGUGGUGGGGUCGGGUCUACCAUGGUGUACCAUGUGGUGGGGUUGGGUCUACCAUGAUAUACCAUGUGGUGGGGUCGGGUCUACCAUGGUCUACUAUGUGGUGAGGUCAGGUCUACCAUGGUCUACCAAGGCCUUCUAUUGCUCUAUGGUCCAGUUCUGAUGCUCACAUGCCCAUUGGUCUACCAUGGAAAAGCAGUCCACCAAAUCCAAAGAUAUUUGCUGGUAAACGUCACCGAAAACCCCCCCAAAAAAACAUUAACGAUGUUGCCGUUUUGCCCUGAUGUGUGUGUUUUGUAGAUUUUCAACCUUACAUAGAAUAGGAAUAUUAAAUUGUUUAGUAGUUUA